AUGACGUCAUCUAGUAUCCGACCAUCUGAUCUGGUCCCCAUCAUGCUUCUGAUGCCCGUCGUUUCUGAAACUGCUGUUCAAAGAUCCUACUCCACUCCAGGAGUAUGCCAACUUGCGGCCAUGCUCCCACCAGCAGGUCACCUCCUGUCCCUCCUGCUGGUGAUAGGCACAGGUGGUACUGUGCCCAGUCCCCAGGUGCCUCCCCGGGGCUGCUACGUGGCAAAGGAAGCAGGUGAACGGACGUUCCGCUGCAGCCAGGCAGGCCUGAGCGCUGUGCCCUCCGGCAUCCCCAACGACACCCGCAAGCUCUACCUGGAUGCCAACCAGCUGGCAUCGGUGCCUGCUGGUGCCUUCCAGCACCUGGCUGUCCUGGAGGAGCUGGAUCUGUCCCAUAAUGCCCUCGCCCACCUCUCAGGGGCGGCUUUUCAGGGCCUGGAGGGCACACUGCGCCACCUUGACCUCUCUGCCAACCAGCUGGCCUCGGUGCCUGUGGAGGCCUUUAUGGGACUACAGAUCCAAGUGAACCUAUCCGCCAACCCAUGGCACUGCGACUGCGCUCUCCAGGAAGUGCUCAGGCAGGUGAGGCUGGCACCAGGCACUGGGACAGGCAUCGUGUGUGGCCCCGGAGCCCGACCGGACUUUGUGGGGCAGGAGUUCCUGCUGCUGGCAGGGGAGAAAGAGCUGUGUGGGGCAGGGCGGGGCGGGGCCCGGAGGAGCACCGAUGUGGCCCUGCUGGUCACCAUGGGGGGCUGGCUGACACUCGUUGUGGCUUACCUGGUGCAUUAUGUGUGGCAGAACCGAGAUGAGACCCGGCGCUCCCUCAAGCGGGCCCCAGUGCUGCCCGUGCGUUCCGAGGGCUCCUCCACCCUCAGCACAGUGGUCUGA